UGUUAACUCCCACCAUAUUGGCAAAGAACAAAAACUCUGCAUCUGUGUAUCAUUACCCUCUUCUAUGCUCAUGGGUAAAAUUUUGUGGAUUCUUUUGGUUUUCAUGGUCCUUCAAUUGCAGGCUGCUGCUUCUCAGGAUUCCCUGGACUAUGUUGGCUGGUGGAUCGACUGUGGCAGUGAAGUAACCCGAGUUGGUCCUAACAUGACCAUGUGGGACACGGAUGAAGACUUCACUCGAUCAGGCAUCAACAAACUUGUCCUCGAUCUGCAGCCACUUGACGAGAUGAACACUCUCCGAGUCUUCCCUGACCAGACGGACCAGAAUUGUUAUACAUUUCCCACGGCCAUGUUUCCGCACAAAACUCUGCGAUACGUGAUCCGAGCCGGGUUCUACUAUGGCAACUAUGAUGGACUCUCAAAUCCUCCAACAUUUGAACUUCACCUGAACGGCGGAAAAUGGGCUACGGUUAAUACAGCUUUAAGAAAUGGGCCCGUUUAUCACGAGAUUGUGUACAGUUUACAGAAAUCAGCGAUUCUUACGGUGUGCUUGGUGCAAACAAGAGAUGGAGAGGUCCCUUUUAUCUCUACCUUGGAGUUUAUGCCACUGCCAGAUGUUCUGUACCCACAUUUGGAUCCUGAUAUCUCGUUCACUCUUCUCUGGAGAGCCAACUUGGGUGGUGGCGAAGUCAGGUACGCGGGCCUUAUCACAGAUGAAUUCUACAACAGAAUAUGGACACGUGGAGUCACUCCGUCAAACUGUAUUCAAGUCACUACGCUGCCAGAUUCUAACAUUCUCGGCGUAGAAAAUGACCCUCCUGUUCCGGUGUUGCGAGAGUCCAUCGUAUCCAAUACUUCUGAUCCAAUUACCUUGACCGUUGAUCUUCCAACGGCGACCCCACAAUCUGCUCAUUUUGCGUUUUACUUUACGGAAUUGGCAAGCAGGCCCUUAUUAAAUGACACGAGGAUCAUUGAUAUUAACAUCGACGGUCAGAUGAUGCAGGCAGUGGAAGCAGAGAUGAACAAAUGCAAGGUGGUCACAUUAUAUCCUGCGAUUGUUUCCGGCCCCACGAUCAAUAUCACACUAGCUGCCAAUGAGUCGUCUACCUUGCCACCGAUGAUCACUGCCGUUGAAGUGUUCACCAAGAAUGAUCUUGCGCCAGUUGAAGGAAAAGAUAAUAGCACUAAUGAACAGAAGCAUUUGUCUUUAUCACACUUCCUUUCGAUUAGUGUCUUCUGCUUAGUUGUCUCCUUUAUGGCAUGAGAGAGACAGGAGUGAUGUGAUCUGAUUUUGAAAGGUUGCAAGGCCUUUAUUUUAGAUUCAUUCGUUUCAGUA